GCAAUAUAUUCAUGUAACUGCUUUAUUCAACAGAUUGUUAAAACAUUACAAACAAGUUUCAACAACACCUUACAUUCACGACUGCCUUAACAAUAUGUACAAUCUAAAAAAAGUUCAUGGUAAGUGCAAAUAAAAACAGAUGAGUGAUUAGGCUUGAAUAUGACAACCAGUAGGCCUACAAACUACAGUGGAGGGGAAGGUAGUUGUAAACUUGUAAAACACAUAAUUGCACUGUACUGUUCCAUUCUCUGAAAAAUACUCCCAUUGAGGAAUCUAUAGAGUUCCCUACAUUAUUUUCUAGAAACACCAAAGGCGAUGAGAGCUAUGGAAGCUAGAAGACUUUACUGAUGCUGUCCUGGUAACGGAAGAGGAUGUUACAACCUACGUGUUUGUUAAGUGUGGGUGAAUAAUACUUUGGGUAGCUUCCCCCUCUACUAAUAACAGACACAUACUGGUAGCUAAACACUUGAGGCGCACACACACACACACAGGCAGAGAAGGCCCUCAAACUGAAAGCCUACCGGUAUUCAGUUUCAGGCUGGCGGUGCACUAAACUGGUGGUUGGAAUGACUGACCAGCUCCUUCACUAACAGAGAAGGGUGCAGUCACUUUACCAGUAGUAUCAGGCGGCACAGGAACCCAAGGAGUAGUUGGUUGAAUAGAACACAGAAAACACCUAUUCUAUGACAAAGGCACUGUACUAUUAAUUUCAGUUCACUAAAAAGGAACAUAUUUAACUUUGUGCUUGUAAGUAUAAAUAAUUAUUUUAAAGUAAUAUUAAAAGUGACUUGUAUUGGUAUUGUAAGUAUUUGUAUUUUAAGUGAUUGAUCUCACACAUUCAUCCCUUAAAGUUUACAGGACUAGCGUGGAACCAGUAUGUUAAUUGCCUAUGAUUAACAUUAGAAUAAAGGGAAUAUUUGAUCUGAAGCAUUAUCAAUGCCCCCCCACUACAUGUCUAUACUGUGGGAAGCAUUAUUAAUGCCCCCCACUACAUGUCUAUACUGUGGGAAGCACUAUCAAUGCCCCCCCCACUACAUGUCUAUACUGUGGGAAGCACUAUCAAUGCCCCCCCCACUACAUGUCUAUACUGUGGGAAGCAUUAUCAAUGCCCCCCCCACUACAUGUCUAUACUGUGGGAAGCAUUAUCAAUGCCCCCAACUACAUGUCUAUACUGUGGGAAGCAUUAUCAAUGCCCCCAACUACAUGUCUAUACUGUGGGAAGCAUUAUCAAUGCCCCCAACUACAUGUCUAUACUGUGGGAAGCAUUAUCAAUGCCCCCAACUACAUGUCUAUACUGUGGGAAGCAUUAUCAAUGCCCCCAACUACAUGUCUAUACUGUGGGAAGCAUUAUCAAUGCCCCCAACUACAUGUCUAUACUGUGGGAAGCAUUAUCAAUGCCCCCAACUACAUGUCUAUACUGUGGGAAGCAUUAUCAAUGCCCCCAACUACAUGUCUAUACUGUGGGAAGCAUUAUCAAUGCCCCCAACUACAUGUCUAUACUGUGGGAAGCAUUAUCAAUGCCCCCAACUACAUGUCUAUACUGUGGACAAAAGAAAUUCACACAUAAAAAAAAAAAAGUUAACUUGUCAUUUAAGUCAGCUAUUAAUAUACCUGCUGCACCUAGUGGUUAGAGCGUUGGGCCAACUGAAAGGUUGCUAGAUCAAAUCCCAGAGCUGACCAGGUAAAAAUAUGUUGUAAAUAAGAAUUUGUUCUUAACUGACUUGCCUAGUUAAAUAAAAAUGUAUAUAUUUGAAAUGUUAUGCUUAAACUGAGCAGGAGACUGGCUCUAGUACAAGUGGGUGGUUAAAAUAACAAGAAUGAACCUGUGCUACUGACAUCAUUACCGUACAGACCCAUAUAGGAACACUAGUAAACUGAGAUCAGUUGGGGAUCCAGUGGAUCCUCUACGUAAAAAACGCAAAAUAAUCUCCACUAAACCAUCGCUGCAAAAUAUUACUUGAAUUUUUGCUUAGCCUUGUUCAAAUGAUCAAUCUAUGCGUAAAUCAUAAUAACAUUUUAGAGUAGGGGCAGGACUGAGGCUAUCAACAUGCUUUCCCCCUCGUUGUUCAAUGCAUAACUGAAUGCUUAUAUGUUAAUAUUUUAAAGCUCAUUAUAAUAUGGUUGGACUAUGUUCAUUAUCAUAUACUUUGAAUUACUGUAUCCAAGUAUUACAUGGAUAAUAUCCAAGUAUUUCAUUUUGAAAUGUCAUGUGAGGAAAUCAGUUGUCUUACCCGUUUAACUGUUGUAGUAGAAGUUUUAUAUAGUCUCAGAACUCCACAACACGGGAGAUAACACACAACUCCUGAAAAUGUCACAACUGUUACACACUCACGUCAAUAGAAAGAAGUUAUUGGGAAGACAUGAGCUUAGUAAAGAACAAUUCAACAGGGGAAUAGAUGUCAAGUAAAUUAAUGUUCAUACACACAUAAAAUGGCUUUGGUGUAUUUACUGAAAUAUAUAGCAAUGCAGUUGAAAACAGUAACACCUGUUAUCAUUUAGCUAGAAUGUAACAAAUACUUCUGUCACAAUAGCUCAAAGCCCUGCCUACACCAGUGAUUUUUUUGUUUACAUAACAAUGUUCUUAUCCAUGGUUGACAAUCACCAUUAAAUAAAAUACAUAUAUUUGUCCUAUGGAGUAAAAUAUAAAAUAAAUUGGGAAAGAACAGCCUGUAGAUAAUCAACUUAAUGAAUUUGAAUAUGCCUUUCAUUCACCCACACAAUGUUCAUGAUGGUUAUAUAAGAAUAUCAUGCAGCAGGUAGCCCUUUUAAGACAAGCUCUGCAUCAGUCGUUGUAUUGCACGCCCUACCCUAGCACUAGAAUAAAGAUCCUGUUCAAUGACUAGUUCUGGUUAGGGGGAGCUAACCCGUGAUCCAUCGAAACUACAUCCAGGCCCUGCCCUCUUUUGUUAACUGCUUCGUGGCUGCCAGUCUCGAGAACAUAAAGAACAAUGUAUGCCAGCUACAUCGCCACAACAGUUAGCCUACUAUCACAUUAGCAGCGCCGGAAGAUCAUUUACUACCUAUACAAAAUAACUAACGGUGGCGAACCACAACGGCUACAUCGAGACGAAACUCGUUCCGCUAUUCAGGGAAGUCAACUCCUGUCGCUCCAGAAAAACAUACAUUACUGCCUCGAGUGUUCUGAAAAGACAACUACCUCGCCAUUUUGAUGUAAUUCCAACGAAACCAGUCUGCCUUGUACAAUAUUUCGAAUGAGCAUUUCCAUCCUGCAAUCUUUAUCCUCAGAUUGCCGUAUAAAUAUCGGACACCUGGGGAAAUGUCCCGCUCUAACGAUAUCGACGAUACAAUGUCAUGCGUAAAAAACAAUAACCACAAAUGACCAAUUUUUCCAGUGAAAUCCGUAAUCCUCAAUCUAAGCAAUCUUUAUGUAUAGAUUGCGGUAAGUGUAAAUUCCAAGGAUCUCUUUAUCAAUUUAGCAGAGGGAGAAAAAUAUCCCUUUAACCUACGGCAAUCUUUAUGAAUAGAUUGCUUAUGCUUAAAUUAAACAUUUGUUAUACAGUUUAUGUUGAUCCGUCUCACACACAAAGAAACAGAGCGUUUCCACUCCGCACUUUCCUGUGUGAGCUCAUAAACUAACGCGUUAGAUUCGCUAAUGGAAACAGCAGCCCCGCACGGAGACCAGCCAGCGGACCUAGACUACAUUAGUUGCGACUAAACGAUUUCUCAUUUAAUGAAUUUAACGUUAGAUUCAGAUUGGUUUGAAAAUCAACACUUACUAUAAAUACCUCUCCUCAGCGUCUCGGGUAACUAUAUUAUAUUGUGCUUUACAGCAACAGAUAUCUUGUUACAUCAGUUUUAAAUCGUUAACCGUCAUGUUUUAACGUUAACAAUCUUAUGGCUGGAAAAACUGGUUUUAUGGGCAGGGUUGUGGUAGCUAAAAACUAGCUUUUCCUUCUGGAACAAACUGGAGGCAAAAAUAGUAAUCAAAUGUCCAUUACUUGAAGAAAAAAAUAGAUUAUUGAAUUAGGAUGUUCAAAGUCCUCGACGGUCACUCUUCAGAGACAAAAGACCUGAAAAAGAGCACACAAAACGAAAAAGACAUUUAAGAUAGAUUCACUUAUUUUCUGUGUUCAUACAAACCUGAAUCUUGGAAGAGGUUUCUUAUGAUGGAUUAUGGUCAAAAUGAAUAAUUGCGCAGUAGUUUUUUGUUCAAAAUAGCACUGUUUCUUUAGACGUUACUCACCUCAGAACAAAUCCAGGAAUGAACUAGAAAGGGAGGGACUUGGUAUUUAUACCCUGUGACGUUUUUGACGUCAUACGCGUGUCGAGCAUGCGCCUUCUGGGGUUUUCAUGGUAACAAAAUGGAGUUUUUGGUCACGCGCUGUUGUAGAACGACCUUCAUUGUCCAUCAAGGACAGAAAGAGGGCCUUGCACAUUCUCAUUUCAAUUUCUUUCACGCCUCAAGUCUAUUGUUGCUUAUCAGAACAAAUUUGAAUCACUAUCAGUGAUAACUCGCAAAAUAUGUUACUUGUUCUUAGUUAUAAUAUCACAUUUGGGUAUAAUUUCGAUUGUAAUAUUUCUACAAAAUGGCUGCGACGCACUCGAGCACGUUGCCUGCCACACCCGCGGACACUUAUCAAAACCUUGCUCUUAAAUUUAAAAUGACGAAAUUAAUAAUGAUGUAAAAAUCACAAUAGAUUCAUUGAAGUCCAAAAUGAGUUUCUUUGGUCAUGCACAAAUAAAUAAUGUGCUACUUCACAUUUCACCUGUAAACUUUCAACCCUCUCAGCUGUGAACGUCAAAAUGGCAGCAUCCAUACGAGGCAUUGGAAGAAUUUUAUGCCGCGUGACCCCUUUGCUUUUACAGAAUAUUCGGCAGAAUAAGAGUUUACCUGUCAGGCUUUGGACCCGGGCUGUGUUUCCAGGUGUGCAGUCCAGCCUCACUCUCUGCACUGCAGCCUCACCCGAGAUCCCCAGUGAUGCCGGGGAGGCGCUUGCCCGCUACAAGGACAGACCAUGGGACUACCUGGAGAGCGAAGAGUACAUAGCGCUCUAUGGAACCAGUCCAGUGUGGUCUGACUACAGGAGGAACCACAAAGGAGGUAUUCCUCCUCAGAAGACGCGCAAGACUUGCAUUAGAGGAGACAAGAUAUGUGGGAACCCCUGUCCAAUCUGUCGAGACUCCAAUGUCAUCAUUAACUAUCAGAACGUGAAGCUACUGCAACAGUUCAUCAGUCCAAAUACAGGCAUCGUCUAUGACUCCACACGGACAGGAGUGUGUCAGAAACAGCAAAAGCAGCUCAAUCAGGCAAUUGGCACUGCAAGAGACCAUGGGCUUCUACCCUUCCAGGUUCCUCAUGUGGACUUCUCAGGAGAGGACUACUCCAACUGCCAUGACGCGGUGGGCUCAACCCCUCCUCCCCCCACCAUUACCUCUGGUGAUCCUUGGUACCGGUGGUACCACACCAUACAGCCAGACGAGACUGAAGUGGCUAAAGUCAAGAAGACCUAUAAGGCAUAUUUGAAAUAGACAAGAAAGACCUACCUGAAAUUGAUGAGGGUGUAUCAGAGGAAUUAUGGUGUUUCUGGACAGAGCACAUUUUGUUCAUAAAACACAAAUGAGUGUCAAAGUAUUCAGAUUGUUAGUGUUUUGUUUUUGGACCUUAAGCUAAAUUGCCUUUCAUAUUUCUAGUCUUGCUAAAACACAUCAGAUUAAUUCCAGACCCUUCUCCUCCCAGGCUACAAUUUAUCAGCUCAGUUACAGUAUAUGCUACAUAGACCAUCCACGAGUAAUCUGUCUAAUCUCAUAUCCAUGGUUUUGUAUUUAAAGAGCAAGUGGUACAAUAAAAACAUGUAAGAUGCAAAAUCA